AGAAGAAGAAAAAGAAGAAGAAAAAGAAGAAGAAAAAGAAGAAGAAGAAGAAGAAGAAGAAGAAGAAGAAGAAGAAAUUGCUCAUUAUAACAUUUAUAUCUUUAAAUCAUUUUAUUAAAUAUUACUGACUUCCGACUGCGGCGCUUCAGUGGGACGCAGACCGGAAGUGUUGGCCUGGCUAGCUGUGUGCUAGCUGUGUGGAUGUGUGCAGUUAGCUGGAAGACGAUGGUGUCGUCGUGUCGCAGAUAAAUGUUCGAGCGCUGAUGAAGCAACAAUGUCUUCAGUUCAGUGUCUGAGAGACUUUGUCCACGAGCGACUAACUGCUGCUGCUGAAGAGAUAUUCAGAGUGUUCGAACAAACUGUCCUCGAGUACGAGGAAGAGAUCGAUCGACAGAGAAGACUGUUGGACAUCGCGUGGAAACCGGAGAUAAAGCUCCACAGGACAGUUUCAGAGCUCCGUCCUCCAGAGCUUCCAGAGCAACACGUCUGUAAGGAGGAGAAGCUUCUCACUGACCAGGAGAGGAACCCCAGUCUGGACCAAGAGGAUCGAGAGCCUCCACAGAUUAAAGAGGAGCAGGAGGAGCUCUGCACCAGUCAGGAGGGAGAGCAGCUUGUCCUGAAGCAGGAGGACGAUACCUUCAUGUUGACGUCUCCUUAUGAGGGAAGUGAUCACAGUGAACCAGAACCAACCAGUGAGCAGCAGCUCCUCUCCCACAUCUCUCCUGGAGCUGAGAGCCGAGCUCAGAGAGGAAGUGAGCAUGUGGACCCAGGACCGACUAGAGAUGAAGAGUCCCAGAGAAACAACUCCCCCCCGACACAGAGUCACUGCUCCACUCACACAGGGAGAAGAGCUUCAGCUUGUGACACUUGUGGAAAAGCUUUCCGCAGUAACUCUGACUUGAAACGACACAUGAGGAUCCACACAGAGCUUCCAGAGCAACAUGUCUGUAAGGAGGAGGAGCUUCUCACUGACCAGGAGAGGAACCCCAGUCUGGACCAAGAGGAUCCAGAGCCUCCACAGAUUAAAGAGGAGCAGGAGGAGCUCUGCACCAGUCAGGAGGGAGAGCAGCUUGUACUGAAGCAGAUCCAGACCUUCAUGUUGACGUCUCCUUAUGAGGGAAGUGAUCACACUGAACCAACCAGUGAGCAGCAGCUCCUCUCCCACAUCUCUCCUGGAGCUGAGAUCCAAGCUCAGAGAGGAAGUGAGCAUGUGGACCCAGGACCGACUAGAGAUGAAGAGUCUCAGAGAAACAACUCCCCCCCGACACAGAGUCACUGCAGCACUCACACAGGGAAGACGUCUUUCUCAUGUGACACUUGUGGAAAAGUGUUUAUGACUAAAUCCAAAAUGAACACACAUGUGAGAAUCCACACAGGGGAGAAGUCGUUUUCUUGUGACACUGUGAAAAGAGUCGGUCAGAACUUCUCACUUCUUACAACACGUCAUCAUCCACAGGUGAGAAGUCGUGCGUCAGCAGCACGUGGGAAGAACCUUCAUUCAUCCAGCUUGAAUAAAAAGUCAGAGUCACUGUGGGAUUUCCUCUCUGAGUCACUGGGUUUUGAUCGGGGGGGAAACGAUCUGGUCCAGCGGCUGACAUCUGUCCGUCAAAUCGUCAAUUGGACCUUCUGCGUUAAUCGGAGAGAUUUUCCUGCGACGCUCAUCAACCUGAGAUGAAAUGUUGAUAACUGAGCUUCCAGGUGACAGGACCAGAAGAGAUCAUGUGAUAAGACAAACAAACACAGUGGACGUUUUUCAGAAGUGGACGGUUUGUCUCUGGAGAAGUGACGUCAUCGCUCAGAGCCGCUGGGGACGAUUACGAGCCGUCCUACUAUGAACUGGGAGACGUGAACGGAACCAUCAAGGCGUGUCUGGCCACUGGUUUCAGCCGGAGCAAUGCGACCCUCGAGAACGAUUUGUUUAAAAACAGCAACAGCAGCCGAGCCGUCCGGGCGUCGGGCGACUCGCUGCACAGUGAAGUGCUUCUGCUGUCAGGAAAUCACACAGGAAAGUGUGAGAUCGGUACAUGUGA